AUGGCAAUCCUCCGAUCGGCUUUUCGCGGUCCUUUGAUCAUCAUUGGCGGCGCCGGCUCGCUCUAUUACAAACGCGGUGUCCAACUGUGUGACGAUGAAGGCUUCGGUUUCAAGCAUUGGUACGCAUGGCCGGAUGUUCAUCUCGAUUACAUGUCAACUCGCAUGUUUGAUCAUGGCCAGCGAGGAUUCGCCAUAUUCAUCCGUCUGUUUAAAUGGGCGAGAAAAAAUCGGGAGAAUCCUGGCUGGUUUUCGUGGCUUUUCAGACCUUUUGCAAAUUGGUUCAUGCGAUCUGCUAAAAAGACCAUGACAAGUCCGGAUGCGAUGGGCCUUAUUCUGUGCUCUCGAGUGGCCCUGAAUAUGUGGGAAGGGGUGCGGGAGACAAACUGGACCUUUUUGUCGCCCCCGUGGCAAUUACGCGAUAAGGGCGUUCGUACUGGAAAGUACGAGAUCUAUAUAGAUGAUUCCGCGGGUUCUGCUGAGCCGGGAAUUGAUGGGGGAAUCUACAACGAGGACAUGGCAGUGGCUAUUGUGGAUGAGGUUGAGAAUAACAAGCUGAACUACAAGCAUUGGACAUGUACCGGUCCAAUCGGUUUGAAGGAGUGGUAG